AUGGCGCCAGUUAAGAAGCCCACCGUCAGCAAAGCGCCCCUUAAAAAGCUCGCCGUCAGCAAAGCGCUCCUUAAAAAGCUCGCCGUCAGCAAAGCGCCCCUUAAUAAGCUCGCCGUCAGCAAACUUGCCUUUGAAGUGUACAGCGAGGUGUCGACCGACCCUAAAAUGUCGGAGCUAGUGACUAGCGACAAAAUUCUCUUCUACUCUCGCGAUGAGGACGACCGCCUGAAGCUCGGCGCCGCCAACUUCAAGGGCUUGCCCGACAAAGUUUUCCAAGGCGUGCUGCCCGGGCCCGAACGCACCUUCAAGCAGCUCAAGGGCGUCCUAAAGGCCGAGGACAUCAAACGCCGUCUCCGCGAUGUCCCCGACGCCCGUAUAUACCCGGAGCUGCCCUUCGCCUUCCCCGUGACGGUCGCCGGCGAGCCGCCCGGCUUCCCCUCGGACCAGGUCUACGUGAAAUACGUCGCCACGCCGCUCGUCCUGGGCCACGACCCUGAGGACAAGUCCUUCCUGUCGGUGCCCUCGGCGCUGCGCAGCGAGAUCGAAGCGCUGCGGCUCAUCGCGCAGCACCGCCCGCCGCACCCCAACAUCGUCGGCUACCUCGGCGCGCGCGAGCGGCGCGGCUUCGCGACGGCCGUCGUGCUGGACCACGGGCCCGGGGCCCUCGCUGCGGGACCACGUCGCGCGUUCAUGGCCGCGCUGCGGUCCGCCGUCGCCAACCUGCACGGCGUCGUCGGCGUCGCCCACAACGACAUCUGUCCGACCAGUGUCCUGCUGGGCGCCGACCAGAGGCCUCUGCUCGCUGAUUUCGGCUCGUGCCGGCCGCUGGGCAAAAAGAUAGGCCCCUCGACUGUCAUGCCGGAUUGGGAACGCAGCUGUGACGUGUCCAAAGCCUCGCGCGAUCUCUCCGCCCUCGACAGGUUGUCCACAUGGUUGGAUAACCCCGACGCGGACCUUUAG